AUGUUUCGUGUUUUGAGGAUCACUGCCGUCACCGCUCUACUACUAGUAUUACUAGUGGUGCACUCACCGGGUGUGCUGGGUUCCCCGAUUGACCUUGCAUGGCGUCUAAAAGAUGGCCAGAUCAAUGGUUUUCAUAAAAUCGAGGAAGGCAAACGGGGUGCAGUAGCCAGUGAGAGUGCCAUAUGUAGUCGUCAAGGAACAAAGAUGCUGGAGCUGGGUGGAAAUGCUGCUGAUGCUAUGGUUGCGACGGUUUUCUGUGUCGGGGUAAUUGGUAUGUACCAUAGCGGAAUUUCAGGAGGUGGUUUCAUGUUGGUGAGAACCCCUGGUGGUGAGUUCGAGUCCAUCGACUUUCGUGAAACUGCACCAGCCGCGGCAUUCGAAGAGAUGUUCCGCAAUAACACUGGCGCUGCAACCACAGGUGGAUUGGCCAGUGGCGUGCCAGGUGAAAUCCGAGGUUUGGAGCAUCUUCAUACAAAGUACGGCCUCCUACCAUGGUCAACCGUCAUGCAACCCGCGAUACAAAUUGCGCGCAACGGCUUCCCCGUUACUGAAGAUCUAGUUCGUUAUAUGAAAUUGGCCGUUGGUGAUGGAGAGGACUUUCUGACUUCAGAUCCGACGUGGGCCAUUGACUUUGCCCCUAACGGGACACGUUUGGGUCUUGGAGACACUAUCACUCGUAAACGCUAUGCUGAUACGCUUGAGACUAUCGCCAAAUAUGGACCAGAUUCCUUCUACUCUGGUCCCAUAGCAGAGACAAUGAUACAGGCAUUGCAAGCUGCCAAUGGUACAAUGACACUCGAAGAUCUCCGCAAUUACACCAUUGCUAUUCGAAACGUGUCAGAGAUCGACUACCGAGGAUAUAAGAUUACGAGCACAACCGCUCCGUCCAGUGGAACCGUCGCGAUGAAUAUAUUGAAGGUGCUGGGCACGUACGGCGAUUUCUUCACACCGGAUAACGUGAAUCUAAGUACCCAUCGAUUGGACGAAGCCAUGCGCUUUGGAUACGGUCUGAGAGCCAACUUGGGCGAUCCAUCUUUCCUUGAAGGGAUGGAUGCAUACCAGGAGGAUAUGUUGACGAAAGCAACAAUAGACGAAAUUCGUCAGAAGAUAUCCGAUAUCCGAACGCAGAAUGUGUCAGUUUAUGAUCCGAGUGGUUAUGAGAGUCUUGAAACACCGGGAACGUCGCAUAUCGCCACAGCCGAUCAUUCUGGAUUUGCUAUUUCCACCAUCACCACAAUCAACCUGCUUUUUGGUAGUAAGGUCAUGGUACCGGAAACGGGAAUUAUAAUGAAUAAUGAGAUGGAUGAUUUCUCAGUUCCUGGCUCGUCAAACUCCUUCGGGUACAUUCCCUCAAAGGCAAACUUUAUUCGGCCUGGGAAACGCCCGCUGUCGUCCAUCACUCCGGCCAUUGUUACACGUCCUGAUGGAACGGUGUUCUUUAUUGCUGGAUCUGCGGGUGGUAGUCGAAUCAUUACCGCGACUGUUCAGAACAUCAUCCAUGCCGUUGACGAGGGAUUGUCUGCAGCGGAGGCUUUGGCUAAACCACGUUUACACGAUCAGCUCGUCCCCAACCAAAGCGUUUUUGAAUAUACUUAUGACAACGCGACCGUUGCCUUUAUGAAAGCCAAGGGUCACAAUGUUACGUGGGUUGCUCCAGGCAGCAGCACUGCUCAAGCAAUCCGAGUGCUUCCUAAUGGAACCUUUGAUGCUGCAGGAGAACCAAGACAGUUAAACUCUGGUGGAUUUGCUGUUUAG